AACUUCCUGUUUGUUGACUACGAAGUGAUGGCUGGGUUAGAUGUAAAGUUUGUGUUUGGAAUGCUUGCACUCUUUUCCCAAACUAACUGUAAAACCAGCAGAAGAAUAUGUGGGACACCACGAUCUGACAGAUCACCGGUCUGCUGUCCUUACUUCUAUGCUGAUGGUGACCAGUGUGUAGAGUGCCUUGCGGGAUAUAAAACCAACAAAGGGAAAAACUGCACAGAGCCUUGUGAUUUCCCUUCCUAUGGUACACACUGUCAAAGUACUUGUAAUUGUUCUCAAGAGGAUUGUCAUCACGUCAAUGGAUGCCCUGUGUUAGGUACCACAGCGAGUCUAGUAACUACAUUAGAAACCACGCUCUUCAGUGUCGUUGGAACUAUUUCAGGUGAAUGUGUAUCUUUUCAUAUUUUCCUUCUAAUGAUGAUCAUAAUUUGUGUAAGUAAAAAUGUCAAUGCUUGAAGAUGAGGCUUUUUUCACAAUAUUCUACCUAAAGGUACCACAGUGAGUCUAGUAACUGCAACAAAUACACCGCUCUGUAGUAAGUACUCGAUGUAUGUUUUAUAGUUUCUUCUCUCUUUGACACAAAUGAAGGGUUGUUAUAAUCAAUCUAGGAUGACAAAACAAUCAUAAUUGGUUUUUGUAUGGUUAUAUUUUACAUUUUGAUAUCUUUAAACGUUAAUGAUCCAUCUUGUGAUUGCUAAUAUUAAAUAUCAUCAACUUCUAGAAAUCACUGGUUUUACCAGUUUGUUCGUUUUAUUGAUAUGAAAGUUUGGAAUUAGAGCUAGUAUUAAGUUUAAGAUGGGUUUUUUCUCUCGGUAUGAAUCAUGCACUAGACACACAUUUUAUCCAUGCAAUUUGUAGCGUCAAUUGCAAAAUAUCAAAUAAGGCAUGUAGAACUGGAUCUGAUAGACUUUUAUCCAGAGCGAAAAUGAAAAUGCUGCUAUCAAAUCUAUAGGCCAUUUGAUCACAUCUGAAAAUUCAUAGGAUCAUGAUUAUUCUUAUUCGAACAAUACAGGUGUUAAUAUAUUAAAUCGUAUAUUGAUUGGAUAAUUCCCGUUUCAAAAUGUUGACUCAAAUUCUUUCAUACCCA